AUGACCGAGUCAAUCGGACAAGAAUUACCGGAUUUGCCGGAAAUUCCGGGCAACUCACGAGAUAAACAAUUUAUCGCUCAUGACAGAAGUGACUUAUUAAGACAGCGACUUGAAAAAGAGCGUACCAAAUUACGGAUACUAGAAAUCAAAAGACCCAUCAAUUUAGAAAGCCUGCGUAUUACGAAGAAGGAAAACAAUAAAUUUGAGGAAGUAAACAAGGUUUGGGCAAUAGGCCAACAGCAAGAGAUUAAAUCGGAUGCUAAAAGUGAACCUCCAGUAUGCACCACCGGACAUGUACCAUCAGCCCCUAGAAAGAAUGAAGCAAUCUACUGCUCGAAAAUUACUGAAUUCAAAGAAGAUUUUGAGAUGUCUGAUCAACACGAUGCAAUUGAUGAGGGACGAAGUUGGAUAAUGAAGGGGCCCGGACCCUUGACUCCCGCAAAGAACAAAGGGUCCAAGGGCUCGACAAUUGCUGAAUUCUAA